AUGUCGAUGGAACCUGGCAGCGAUUCGAUGGGGGCGGCAGGCAAUUUUUUGUCUUCGCCCACCUUCUCUAUGAGGGACUACAUGAGCAUGGUUGAUGGGACCACAACCACACCAGGUCCAAAGAAACCGUCUACGAACCCUAGUCGCCCCACACAGCGCCCCGUUGGGGAAGCACCUUCAUCGUCUAAAGGAUUGCUGCAGCGAUGUGAGCUCUCUGGCUCUGGAUCUGGUGAGUCGAAUGAGAAACCAUCGAACGAUGAUGUUGAGGAAUUUGAUCCGGUUGCUGAACCACCUGUCCAGAAAAAGCCGGCCUCCAAGUUGAAGAAAGGCCGAGCGGAGGUGGAAUCGGAGGUCACCAACCUUGGUGGCAAGUCUGGAAAAGAUGAUGAGGAUAAUGGAGAUGGAGAUGAUUGUGGGGCCCUUGGGGGUAGUGACAAAAAGAAAAAAAAGGGCAAGUCAGAGUCCAAGAAACAGAAACAUGAAAAGAAAGAGAAAAGCACUCGGAAAUACAAAAAGCGAUCUGGGAAACAAAAGGGUUGCGAUGAUGGUGGUUCCUUGUCUGACGAAAGCUCAGACGACUCGGAGGGAUGCCCUGAAGUUAGUCAUGAUGACUUGAUGGCGGCAUCCGAUGAGCGAAGAAGAGGACCAACGACCCGUGGCCAGCGAGCCCCUGCAGGAGCGCAGUUUUGA